UCAAGUUAACUGCUGCACGUGGUUUUAAUUCUUUCGCGUCCUGACUCCUGAGUAAAGUUUGCAUAAUGACGGAUUCCUUAAAUAUAAUUAAUUUGCCGAUUGAAGUGCUCGAUUUGAUAUAUUCAUUUCUAAAUAAUGUCACGGACGAAUUGAAUUUAUCGAAAGCUCAUGAUGUUCUGACCAAUGCAUUUGUGUACCACAACCGGAAGCGAUUCACCACGUUCAAUUUGAACCACUUUACACUUGGGCAAAUAGAAUAUAUUUUAGAGUUUUUUGGUUCCAAUAUUCGAUCCAUUCAAUGCUCGAUGACCAUGGAUACGGAUGCAAUCUCCAGGGCUAUAUCAACAUUGUGCCCGAAUUUAGAAUUUCUCGAGUUGCGACUGAGAAACGCACUCAGUCUGGAAAGGGCAGUUCAGGCACUCUCUUGUCUGCAAAACAUCAAAGGUAUUGAAGUGUCGGGAUUAGAGAAUAUUUUUUUUGGCAUAUCAAUUACCAAUUCAUCGAGUCAAAUGCGUAACUUGCAAAAGGUAUCGUUGAAAAUACGUAUUCCACAGGACACAUUGGUACAUUUCUUUGGCAAUAAUCAACUGCAGGAGCUAAGGAUUCUAUACUAUGAAUACAAUUGGGUUUAUCAUGUUGAUUAUAUCAAGCUGUUAUCCCAAUUGCGUCGUCUACAUUACAAUUGCAAGGGAAAUAUGUUUACUGCCCAAGCAUUUUUGUAUUCCAUAUCAUUAUACACAGCCCAAUGGGAGGAGCUUGUACUUUUGAAUGUUUCUGAUAGGCGUAAUUUGGUAUUACCAUAUAUGCCGAAGCUGAGACAUCUAAGCCUAAGUUAUGAUCCGUAUUGUCUUAUUGGACCUAAUUUUUUUAACAGAAGUGUUACCCGAUGUGCCCCAUAUUUGGAGGAAUUAUCAUUGGAGAUAUGGCAACCGGCCCAUUAUGACUUAUUGGCCAGUAUGCGAAUGCUUAAACAACUGAAAUGUAUUGUACGCAAUGAUUCCAAUUGUCCGGAGGUGAUUAAAAACUUCGCUCAUCUCGAACGUUUGUGUUUCCGUGGCAGUCUGAAACCCGGCUUCGGACUGAUGCCUGUCAUAACCAAUUGCAAAAAACUACGCUACCUUGAUAUUCAGGGCUGUGAGGGUGUCUACAAUGAUUUCGUAUUUGAAAUGUUGCCCGUACUUAAUGCAAAUGGAGUAACUUCAUCGGAUCCCCUCAUUUUAUUGGCCGAUUACACGGGCAUCGAUCGAAAUAUAAAUAAAUUGUUAAGCUGUAAACUCUAUGGAAAUGCCGUGAAAGUUCAAUUCGGCUUGCAGCCCUUCUUUAAGAGUCACAUUUUUGCCAAUUAAUGUAAAAACAGAAAACAAUUUAUAUUAUUCUCAUCUAACUCUUUCAAUACAUUCAAUGUUGUACACUUUA